GCGGCGAGUUGCGCGGGGCGAAUCACCGGGACGGCAAGCAACAGUCGUUCGCCGGACUUGGUGUUGGAAUGAGGUGGUCGCGAGAUGUGCGCUCGCGUCCAGUGACACGAUCUCUCCGCUCUCCCGCGAUUAUCCGCCGCGAUAUCGCUCCCGCGUGUGUUGUUCCCCUUCCGAGGAUCGUCGACGCUUAUUUCCCGAGUACGCACGCACGCAUCUACGCCGUAUUCGCGCUUCCGGAUCCAUCUCAAGCGCACGCAGAAUGGACACAUCGCGAUGGAAAUAGGCGACCAGUCAGCCUAGUAGACGACCCCAGGUCGUCCUGAUUGACCGGCACACCCGCGAUCGUUCCCGAGUAAGACUGAUCCGGUUGCUCGUUCGCAAUGGCCGCGACGGCGUCUACGGAGAAGAUGGACAUGGAGAAGGAUUUACCGAAGAAGAAGCUCAUCAACACGAAUCUGAUAUCGCUGAAAUGUCUUCUGUUCGUCUUUUUCGGAGGCAUCGGCUGUCUCUUCCCAUUUCUUCCGCUGCACAUGACGAAGGUGGGAUUGAGCAUCGAAAAUGUCAGAUUCGUGUCGAUGGUCUCGCCGGCAGUGGCGAUACUGGGUCCGCUGAUAGCGGGACCGAUCGCUGACAAACUCGCCGGUUGUCAGAACAACAAUGACAAAUCGUCGACGGGUCGUUACCUUCGCGUGAUGAUCGCCGUCGCCUGCAUCUUCUCGGCACUCUUCUACUCGCUGUUGCUGCUGGUACCCUCAGUGCUGGGUCGCAAUCUGUCAUCGGGCGGGAAGGGUCCCGAUCUCAAGUUCAACUGCGAUCGGCGCGGAGCGAUGGUGAGGCAAGCCAGAUGCGAGGACCGUUUCGGGUGUCAUCGUUGGACCGAUGACGACAGCGGGAUAGGUAUCAUGUUGUUAAAAGACUGCAACUACGUUUGCUAUCCGACCGGCAUGCGACGAUGGCAAUCAGAACUUGUCGCCGAUACGACGACCUUUCGAAACACCGUCGACGCCGAGGUUGAUUUCUUCGAUGGCAGUGGCGAGACCACGGUCGCACCGUUAUAUAGCGAACUCUAUGCGUCGGAGGAUCUCGAAGAAACGAAAAAAACUCGUCGUUAUGUCAUGGCCGAAAACGAACCGCCGCAUCUGUGUUGCAAGGAUGAAAAUGACAAUAUCAUCUGUCAUGUUUAUACAGAGUACUCCGGCGUUUUGCCGGUGAACGGUAGCUUUAGACAGGCAUUGAAUCCCGAAAAUGAAGAGGAAUGGUGCGCAUAUCCUAUGGCUGAGUACUUCUCUUGUCGUAUACCACCCGAGUUGGAAGUCAGAAUGGCUGAGUUUAAUCAGAGUUGCUCCAUUGAAUGUGAUUUGGUUAAUCCAUAUACCCUUCCAGGCAGCGUGCUGGCGGAAAGCCAGUGUCAACAUACUGGAGAUUGGGCGGAAGCGGCGUUCUGGAUGUAUCUGAUCGUACGCUCGAUCGCGGAUAUCUUUCCAACGACUGCAGUGGCUCUGAUCGACGCGGCGGUGGUGAUUGCGACCAGGGAAACGUCAUGCGGUCGUGGCGACGUGGGACGUCAAUUGGCCUUUGGCUCCCUCGGUUUCGCUUUGCUAGGACCGUUGACCGGCUAUCUGAGUACACUAACGAACGAUUUCGGGCCGGCCUAUUGGCUUCCGCUCGUUCUACACGCCAUACUCAUGAUUCUCACGGCCAUCAUCGCCCUGUCGGCGAACGGUAUGCCACUCAGUCCACCUGAAUGGUGGUGGCACACGAGAAGCGGCAUGCUGGCAUUGCCAAUGAGUGCUGUCAAGAGAUAUGGCAGCGAGACCGUCGCCCUGGUUUUCAUCCUGAUAGUCAUGGGUACUUUCUGGAGCGCGAUGGAUAGCUACUUGCCUUUGCAUCUGCAAAAAUUAGGAGGCGAUGAACUUAUCAUUGGUGUCGCUAUGACUGUCGGAGCAAUUCCGGCGUUCCUGUUUCUUUGGAAAUCAGAACAUUUUGUGGACUAUUGUGGACACAGUAAUCUUCUCAUCACUGCCUUUACGGUGUACAUAAUCAGGUUCACCGUACUGAGUUUCGUGUCGGAUCCUUGGUGGUCUCUAAUCACAGAGGCUCUAGAAGUGUUCACUUUAGGAAUAAUGUGGGUUACUGCCAUUCUUUACCUGAGACAUUUGGUACCGCGUCAUUUAACUGUGACUGCCCAAGCGCUGCCUGUGAUAGCUCACUUUUGCGUCGGCCGGUGCCUCGGAGCCGUCGUCGGUGCUUACAUCAAUUUUGGCGACGAAGACAUCGUAGAAUCGCUGAGAUUCGUAUAUCGUUGUAUGGCGAUAGCAGCGGCUAUUGUUGCCGGUCUAUAUUUCGUCUUGUAUCAUGGUCUACUGAAACCGAGAUGUCAUGCACACACUAUUCAAGGUCCCCGUCAACCUCCCACGAUUGUACAAGCUGCCAUAAAAGACUAUGAAUUGACGAUGAACGGAAACGGAAAUUACAUACCGCUGAGGGUGUAUCAUAACGGAAUGGGCAAAAAAGGUCAAUUUCGAUACUGAGACGUGAUCUAAGAGGAUUGAAGAAUUUUAGGGAUAACGCUGCAUCACUGCGACACAUGAACUUCAAGAGUGACGAAGUGCCGAUAAUUCUGUGCUCUCAUGUAUAUUUUCGUUGCAUCGCAUUUCUUCGUUAAUUUGUAGAAUCUAAGCCGAUUACAUUAUCAUUUUUCUUAAUGUUAUUAUUUAUACGAGAACUAUUAUUAUAAGAAUAUCAUUACUUGCUCAAGUACCUUCUAUGAGCUAUAUCAUCAGUUUUUACAUUUCUAAUUAUAGAAGUGUAAGUAACCAUGACAAAUAUAAACUUUUUUGCGUAUCGCAAUAAUAAAAAGCGAAGUAGAGUACUUUUUAUGUGCAAACGUCCAAAAAAGCUACAUGUAACUAUAUAAUACUUCUUUAAUUUUUUAUACUGUAAAUUCAUUUUUUGUAUACAAUCACUACGUUCAUAAAACUGUUAAGAUGCGAACAGACGGAGAACUUUCUAUGAUGAAAAACUAUUAUAGUGAGACUUACAUGCAUCUUUACAUAUAACAUAAAUCGAAUAGAUAUCAAUAUACUAAAAAAUAAAACGUUUACUUGACCAAUGUUAUGUUUCUGUGAGUUGAUAUAUAUGUAUACAAAUGAAAAAUGAAAUAAAAAAUACAGAGAGAAAACUUAUUGUUGUAAUUGUUAUUUUAGGAACAAUUACAAUCCCGCACUGAUUAUUUAUAUUGAAUCUAUUCAGAUUAGAGCUAAACAGAACUUAAUGCUGUUUAUUGAAAUGUUUACAGCCGAAAGAAAACAUGUUCUGCAAUUUAUUAUGCGCGCCGGUCUCUCUCUCUCUGUCUCUCAUUCACUUAUGUUGCAUUAACUAUAUUAAAUCUAAAGUAAUUUCUAACAUGUGUAUUAUAUAAAACAAUUUAUUUGUUUCAUACACUUGAUCUUUGAAAAUUUGUGUACAUACACGUACGUAUGGCUCACAAAUACAUGGAAGUAUGAAUAGAUCUACGAAUAAAUAUAAUACAUAUAUAUUCGUAUUCAUUACAUAGCAUAUGUACGCGUAUAGAUGCAUCGUUCAACGAUUUGCUGUGUACAUACAUCACGCAAUAAUAUAAUAAUCAAAAGCGUAACAUCUUAUUUGUAUGUUUCUUUAUACAGAGUGACAGAUUCUUAUGUACAAACUUAUGCAGAUUGCAUAAAAUCAUACUAUAACGCAACUAA